AUGUGUAUUCGAUCCCAGCGUGAAACUCAAACUCAUUACAACCGAGACACAUCCGAUAACAUACAAACGCUACAAACCAGUGCGAUUAAUCGACCCUAUAGAGGAUCCACAACCACUCUCUUCUAA